AUGAAUCCACUUAAGACACUUACAUACGGUCACGUCACUGCAAAGAAGACUAUUAAUCGAGGAGUGGUCGAAUCUAGACAUGAUUGGAACGUGCUAUACAACUAUGCAAAGCACCUUGCUAAAGAUAAAAAAGAACUCACAAGAGCAAAAUGUGUAACCUUAAUGUUUACGUUAUAUGAACUGUUGGUAGAACAGGAGGCAUUAAGUGACCAAAGGAAACCGAAAUACUGCUUCUUAUGGAAUCACAACAAUAUGACGGCAAUUACAACUGACUAUAGGCCUGAUUCCACGAGCUGCAAUGUGGACCCAGCGUCUCUCAUACGAUAUCUAAGAUACAUGUCAAGAUUAAAGCCAUACUAUAGACUGUCACGUUCAACGCAUGUGACUGGUACUACUGUAGGUCCACUAAAAUGUGACGCAGAAACAGCGAACAAAGUUGGAUACGACAAAAUGUUCUUAAAUCUGUUGAAAGAAGACUAUUAUGACGGACAUUUAUAUAAUUGCAAGAUAUCAAAAUCACAUAUAGGACCGCUAAGAAUCAGUUCGGAUAUAUUGUUAGCCUACCCGAAAGCAUUCACAACCCCAAUAUAUGUAGAAUUGAGGGGAGAACCCAAUGACCAAAUCUCGUCCAUCAGAGAUGCCGGUGAUGAAGAUGAUAUCAUAAAACUCUUGGAUGAUUGUGUUUGCCAGCUCAUUGAACUUCUACUAAUAUAUUUCAGCGAAUAUGGGUCGACAACACAUCGGUGCAUGGCACCCAUGUUCUUGGCAGUGAUUUUAUACGGCACAAAAUUACAACACAGCAAGAAAUCGGCUGUUGAUAAAGCGUAUAGGAGGUUGCAUCAGGGACUCUCAAAUGCUGUAACAAGUGGAAACAAGGGGAAAUACAUCAGCUUCAGGAGCAUCGCAUACUUGUUAAAUAGCUGUCUAUAUCCAGCCGACAUAAAGCCACUAUGUGACUUUGCUGCUCAAAAGAUACUGGAAUCCACGGAACAUAUACCCAUGGAAUGGCUAGAAAAUAUAUGCUUCGCAUCAUCCAAGGCACAUUACAAAAAUGAUUCCUUUUAUGAAUCGAUAUCAAAACAUGUAAUAGAACAGGCGGGAUGUGCAAGCCCUCAAGUAUGCUUGAACUUACUUUGGAGUUUUGCAAGAGUGGGUAAGGGAGAUAUGGUGACCGAUGCAUUGGAGCGUCGUCUCGCUGAAUUUACAACGGAAGCAUUCGCAGGCAUAAAUCCAGCAUUUCGAAAACGUGCUGCCGAUGCGCUUAGUCAACAUGUGUCUGAAACCACCUCAAGUAUUAUAGCUGGGCGAUGA